AUGACGAGUUUCAUCCUCCAAAAGAAGCUAACGACGAGUAACAUCCUCAAACAGAAGCUAAUAACGAGUUACAUCCUCGUCAAACAGAAGCUAAUGAUGAGUUACAUCCUCGAAAAGAAGCUGACGACGAAUUUCUUCUUCAAAAAGAAUCUGAUAUUCCUCAAGACGAGAAACGAUGUUUUCAAGAACCCUGUCACCAUUUCAAGAAUAGUAGAUCGCCCUAAUGUAUCCAUCAAUGUUCUUGCGUACCAAAAAGAUUCUGCAGUAGAAAAAAAACAAUAUUCCAACGUGUGGAGCAGCACAGCAAAGCAAAUAGAAAAACUUAUCGACGAAGAGAAAACGAUUGUCUAUUGCUCGUAUGCAGUGGAAUGUGAAGAACUAUCUUCUGUGCUUAACUCGAGAAACACAAGAGCUUACGUCUUCACCGGAAAGAACAAUAAUGCUGAAAAGAUAGAAGUUUACCAUAAAAUGAAGAACAAUGAAAUAGACUUGGUAGCCACAAAAGUUUUUGGUUUAGGAAUUACCAUUCUUAGUAUCCGAAAUAUUGUUCACGUUGGUCUUCCUGAAAGUCUAUCGUUGAGAAUGCAAGAGUAUGGUCAGGGUAGAGAUGGCCAACAAGCCUAG